AUGCCUGUCGUGAUGAUCCCCGCCAUCAUGGCGCGGCGAAGGAAACGGAAGGAGGACGUGGAGGGCAUGGAGACGUCGGAGGAUGUGCCCUCGACCGAAUUCGGCUCUUCCCCCGCCACACCACACCACGGUGACGAUGGAGCCAGCGUGACGACCGAGGCGUCCAACCUCAAGCUGAAGUGGGACGGCUUUGCGGUUCAGCCGCCAACCAGAAUAACAUUCUGCCUGCCGCACCAGCGGGAGAUCUUUGACUUCUACCGCAAACCUUGGGUGCAAGUUGCAGUAGCGGUGCUCAUCUGCUCCAACUUCAUCUUCAAUUGUGCUGAGAAGGAGUGGGACCCGUACACCAACCAGUUGCGCCCGCAGCUGUGGCGCUGGGGCGAGUUCGCCUUCAACCUCUUCUUCCUGAUCGAGCUGCUCGUCAACUUUUACGGGCUCGGGUUCGCCUUCUGGCGGUAUAAUGCCGCCUGGAACCUCUUUGACCUCGUCGUCGUAUCAAUCGGCUGCUUGACGAUGGCCGAGGCCUUCGCACCCGCCUUCCUCCCCGGGUCUCUCUCGCUGAUCCGCAACCUUAGAGCCUUCCGCAUCUUCCGACUGUUUAAGCGAGUCAAGAGCCUCAACAAGAUCAUAAAGUCGCUGGUUCGCGCCAUCCCUGGCGUCUUUCACGCCUUCCUCAUCCAGAUCAUCGUGAUGUGCAUCUACGCGAUAAUCGGAGUCGACUUGUUUCACAUGAAGGGCGCUGACGGCGAGUACACCACCUACAACGAGAACGUUUUGCGUGGAGUCUGCACCGAGGAGGAGGUGGACGACGGCCUCUGCUCGCUCAACAUCUCCGUCUCCUCCGUCACUGCGAGAGGCUUCACUUAUGGCGAGGAGUACUUCGGCACCUUCUUCCGCGCUUUGUACACGCUCUUCCAAGUGCUGACAGGCGAGUCGUGGGCGGAGGCCAUUGCGCGUCCGGCGGUGAUGGGUACAACGCAGGCGAUCGGACCAGCGCUCUUCUACGUCUCGUUCAUCCUCAUCUGCCAAAUCGUGCUCAUCAAUGUUGUCGUUGCGGUGCUGCUCGACAAGAUGGUAGAGGAUGACGGCACGCCCGACAAGGCACAAACCAUGGCCGACAAGAUUCGCGAGCUCCUGAACGAGAGGCACGGGUCGCUGGAGGACAUGUUUCGCGGGUGGGACACGAACGACACGGGGUCUCUCUCCAAGAGCGAGUUUCGGGACGCGCUCUUCUCGAUGGGCUACAACGGACCGAGUAAGGUCUUGGACAGGCUUUUCACCUCGAUCUCAAUCACCGGCGAGAUCCCGUUCGCUGACCUCGAUCGGCUCGUUAGCAUGCCCACGCCCCGACCAAAGGGCUCCGUCAAGGAUGAGGUGUUCGCGCUGCGCGACGAGCUGAAAUCCGACUUAGCGCGGAUCGAGGCGGAUUUGGCUUGCCACCGGCAGUGGCUCGAGAAGCAGCUGCUCUGCAUGCUCAACGAAGUGCGGGCCGACCGGGAGCCUGGCGUCCGCCCCACUACAAUCCACGUCGGAUCAGCACCGCCAAUUCCGCGGAGUCACGGCCUCUGA